AUGACGCCGCAGGCAAACAAGCCGUCCUCCCAUGCCGUGAUCACCGGCCAGUGGACGCCGACGGCCGCAGACAACGCGGCGGGAAGGGUGCCCGGGUACGGCGUCAUCACCAACAUCAUCAACGGCGGGCUCGAGUGCGGCAGGGGGCCGGACAGCCGUGUUGCCGACCGGAUCGGGUUCUACCAGCGCUACUGCAACAUCCUUGGCGUCGGCUACGGGAGCAACCUCGACUGCUACAACCAGAGGCCCUUCGUCGAGGGGCUUUUGAUCCAGCAAGUAACCGAGUAA